GGAUGUUGGCCACGGCGUUUGUUUCUUUCUCCCGUUCACCUCUUUUUACCCCUCUCCCCCUUUGUGGCCUUCCUUUCCUGGCGGCGACGACUGUGCGAGCAGCGGCGCGCAUCGCCCGUCUUCGCUGGGCCCUUCGCCGUUGACGAGCACCCACCAGGGUAAUUUGGGAGAUGGCGUUCCUGCAGAAAGUUGGCAAUCUGGUCAAGCGGUCCACGGGUGCCAGCUCGCCGCUCUACCAGGCGGUUCGAUGCAUGUCCUCCUCCAAGCUCUUCAUAGGAGGAAUCUCGUAUGGCACAGAUGAGCACAGCCUCAGGGAUGCUUUUGCAAGCUAUGGCCAAGUCAUUGAAGCUAGGAUAAUCAUGGACCGGGAAACUGGAAGAUCAAGGGGGUUUGGUUUUGUGACAUACACAUCCACGGAGGAGGCAGCCGCUGCCAUUACUGGCAUGGAUGGGAAGGAUUUGCAGGGUCGGAUAGUGAGGGUGAGUUAUGCUCAUGAUCGUGGUAGCCGUCCUGGUGGAGGCGGCUAUGGCGGUGGUGGAUAUGGUGGAGGCGGCUAUGGUGGUGGUGGAUAUGGUGACGGCAGCUAUGGUGGCAGUGGAGGAUACAGUGGCGGUGGAUAUGGAAGAGGUGGUGGUGGAGGCUAUAGCGGAGGUGGUGGGUAUGGUGGAGGUUCAUAUGGUGGUAGCGGAGGCUACGGUGGCGGCGGAUAUAACAACGAUGGUAAUGCUGGCACAGGGUACAACACUAGUGGAAGCUAUGGUGUUUCUCAAGGUGGGCAAGGUGGGUAUGGUGUUGAUGCUGGUUACACUGGUGGCACUGGUGGAUAUAAUGCUACUCCUGGCAAUUACGGUGGCGAUAGCUUCAAUCAAGGGGGUGGCACACCUAGUGCAUAUGGAGGUGGGAACUAUGGGGCAAGCAACGACAGCUAUGCAGACAACGCCUCCAACAAUGCGGCUGUUGGCAAACUGGAUGACUUGUUAAGUGAUCUCAAAGUUGACGGUGCUGGCGAGGCUGAGGGAGAGGUCGAGGCUUCGGAAGGCCAAGAUGACUUCACCCAGGAUGAUUUGAAGGACGAAGAUGAGCCUGACAAGGCCAACAAAAGUAGUUAAACUGGGCCCCACGCAUGAGGUGAAGAUGAUCUCCAGGGUAAAUAAAUGCAGUGCAGAGGCUAUCUCCUCCAUGCAACCGAACUCUAGAGUUUCGUGUCAUAGCUAUGCUCCACUCGUUGCUUGCUUGCGCUGUGUAUGCUGGACUACGGGACUAUGCGUUUUGAUGUGUCAUGAACGCUUGCACUUGCUUCCGACUGUGUGGACAUUGCACUUGUGCUGUCGUGUUGUGGCUGCAAUAUAUUAAAUUUCCUGUUC